AUGCGGUGGAAGCUCGGCACCGCGGCGUACAAGCGCGUGCCGUCCCGGGACGCCGCCAUGGACCCCGACCUCGAGACGCCAGAGAAGACGCCCGACGGGGGCGGCGGAGGAGCAGGGGCAGCAGGCCCGUCGUGGCGCAGGUCGCUGCCGCACGUGUGCGUCGCCACCGUCACCUCCUUCCUCUUCGGCUACCACACCGGGGUGGUGAACGAGCCGCUCGAGAGCAUCUCCGCCGACCUCGGAUUCGCCGGCAACACGCUGGCCGAAGGACUCGUGGUCAGCAUAUGCCUGGGGGGAGCAUUCGUGGGAUGCCUCUUCAGCGGCUCAGUCGCCGACGGAAUCGGCCGGCGCCGCGCUUUUCAGCUCAGCACCCUGCCCAUGAUCGUGGGAGCCGCCUUAAGUGCUCUCACCAACAGCCUGGAAGGAAUGCUAUUUGGAAGAUUAUUGGUUGGAGCAGGAAUGGGGUUGGGUCCACCGGUGGCUUCACUCUACAUAACAGAGGUCUCUCCCCCCUCUGUGAGGGGUAUGUAUGGCAGCUUUGUUCAGAUUGCGACCUGUCUGGGAAUCUUAUUUUCUCUUCUAGUCGGUACCCCUGUCAAGGACAUUGAUAGAUGGUGGAGAGUGUGUUUCUGGGUUUCAGCUGUCCCGGCAGUUUUACAAGCUAUUGCUAUGGAGUUCUGUGUUGAGAGCCCCCAGUGGCUAUAUAAGUGUGGAAGAACAAACGAAGCAGAAAUGCAGUUUGAGAAGCUUCUAGGCCCUCUUCACGUAAAAUCUGCUAUGGCAGAACUUUCUCGAUCGGAGAGAGGGGAUGAUGGGGAAAGUGUGAAGUUCUCAGAGUUGUUUUAUGGUCGUCACUUCAAUGUUGUUUUUAUUGGCACAACGCUCUUUGCUUUACAACAGUUAUCGGGCAUAAAUUCUGUGUUCUAUUUCUCAUCAACUGUGUUCAGAAGUGUGGGGGUGCCCUCUAGCCUUGCCAAUAUAUGCAUGGGGAUUGCAAAUUUAUUAGGUUCUAUUAUAGCUAUGCUUCUAAUGGACAAACUAGGCAGGAAAAUGCUUCUUGUAGGAAGCUUCUUUUUCAUGGCCUUCUCAAUGGGACUUCAGGCUAUUGGAGCGAAUCGUCACCUUGGUUCUGCAAGUGUGUAUCUUUCGGUUGGUGGCAUACUGCUGUUUGUCUUGGCAUUUUCGUUGGGAGCAGGCCCAGUUCCAGGACUUCUUUUACCUGAGAUUUUCCCAAACAAAAUUCGGGCCAAAGCUAUGGCUCUGUGUAUGUCAGUACAUUGGCCAAGCAGUUACGUUGCCAGACCGCAAAAGGGUGCCAGACUGGGCGUCAACUUCUUCGUCAGUUUGUUAUUCUUGCGACUGCUGGAGCAACUUGGCCCACAAGUUCUGUACACAAUGUUCUCGUCAGCGUGUGUGGUAGGAGCAAUAUUUGUGCGGCGACACGUAGUCGAAACAAAGGGGAAAACUCUGCAGGAGAUAGAAGUUUCACUGUUGCAAACACAGUAA